AUGGAGGAUUAUGUUGAGGAGAGUCUCAAAAAGGGACACAUUAGGCCUUCUGUAUCUCCUAUGGGGGUGGGAUUUUUCUUUGUUAAAAAGAAAGAUGGAGGCCUCAGACCUUGCAUCGACUACCGGGAGUUAAAUAAGAUUACGAUCAAGAAUCAAUACUCCCUUCCAUUGAUUCUUGAUUUGUUUAAUCAGAGUCACGUGUCUCAUGUUAAACAGGUGUUGAAGGUUUUGAGAAAGAAUCAAUUGGCGGCCAAACAGGAGAAAUGUGUUUUUGGGGUACAAGAAAUUUUGUAUCUUGGGCCAGGAAGUAAAAACAUAAAGGCAGACGCCCUGUCCCACAGUUUCUGUGCAUUUCAGCCUACGGAUGCACCGCCUGAAACCAUAUUGCCAGCCAGUGUCUUUUUAGCAGCCGUGUCCCAAGAUCUUGCGGCUCUUAUUAAAGCAGAACAACAUCUGGCCCUGGAACUCACACCAACAGAUAAGUUGUUUGUUCAUGAACAAUUCUGUCUACGACUGUUGGGUGAGUGUCAUGACUCUGUUUUGUGUGGACAUCCUAGUAUCAAGAGUACUAAAGAGCUGUCCGUUCCACCGCCGGUACUGUUUAAUAAUUCUGAGGAAUUUGUGGUUUCCAAAAUCUUGGAUGUUAGGAGAGUCCGUAAUUCCUUACAGUACCUGGUGCACUGGAAAGGCUAUGGACUGGAGGAAAGGUCCUGUGUCAACUGUACACACCCCGAAUGUGAACUUGUCCUUCGGGUUCUAGAGCAGGAGGCUGAAUGUUAUAAGAGAAUGCGAUCAGAAAAUGAGACAUUACACAGACCCACAGAUGAAGGAUGUCCUACUGAGUGGGAUGGUGUUAACUGUUGGAAUGCAGCUUUAUUAGGAGAGACUAUGACUGUCUAUUGUCCAGAAAGUCUUCAGAUAUUUCUUAAGACCAACGUCGCCAUCUCUAGAAAUUGCACAGCCAGUGGCUGGACUGCUCACGCCCCUCCAUAUCUGAAGGCCUGCUUCUUUAACACCAGCAAUGAGACAGAUGAAAAGAAGGGUCAUUUCUACACAGUGAAGAUCCUGUACACAUGUGGGUAUGCAGCCUCUUUACUAGCACUCGUGAGCGCCAUCAGCAUCUUCUUACUUUUUAGGAAACUUCAUUGCCCCAGAAAUUAUAUCCACAUGAACCUCUUUGUGUCUUUCAUUAUACGGGGAGCUUCCGUGUUCAUUAAAGAUGCCAUUCUUUUUGCUGAUGAGAAUAUUGAUCACUGCACCAUGUCUACGGUAAGCUGUAAGGCAGCAGUGGUUUUCUUCCAGUACUCUAUCCUUGCGAAUUUCUCUUGGCUCCUGGUGGAGGGAAUGUAUCUACACACUCUGCUCACCCUCACAUUUACCUCACAGAAGCGGUAUUUUUGGUGGUAUAUCGUCAUUGGCUGGGGUCUCCCAGCACUUACCAUUGCAGUAUGGAUAAAGACAAGAAUCAGCUUUGAUAAUACUGGGUGCUGGGAUGAUUAUGAAAACAUUUACUGGUGGAUAAUCAAGACCCCAAUACUAGUUGCAAUAUUUCUGAAUUUCAUCAUAUUUCUAAAUGUGAUCCGAAUUCUUCUGCAGAAAAUACGAUGUCCGGAUAUCAGUAGGAACUACAAGCAGCAGUACAUGAGACUGGCUAAAUCUACCCUUCUUCUGAUCCCUCUCUUUGGAAUUCAUUAUGUCAUUUUUGCCUUGUUUCCUGAGCACAUUGGUGUCUGGGCCAGAUUAUAUUUUGAGCUUGUUCUUGGUUCAAAUCAGGGCUUCAUUGUGGCCUUAUUGUACUGCUUUCUCAAUGGAGAGGUGCAGGCUGAGAUCCAUCGACACUGGGGCAAGUGGCAAACAUCAUUAGAAAGCAAUGUGUUUAAUCUAGUAACGCAGGACUUCACAGCAUAACAUCACUUCUGUGCCAACUGUGCAGAAUGCCAAUACAAGAUGGACAACUGUCCUACUCAAGAAGUCUAGAUGCUAAUAUCUGAAAACUGUGGGUCACGAAUAAUGCAGCUAUAAAUAUCAAUACUCAAAGAACAU